AUGUUCGUGGGCAUAUUGGACUGCAUUGUCUUACUCGGUGGUGCUAUUCUCCUCAAUGGCUAUCUUAAGAGGCGGCGAACAUCUGGCCUUCCUUACCCUCCUGGUCCCUUGCCGCUUCCCCUCAUCGGAAACGUCUUCGAUAUACCUAAACGCAAAGCAUGGGAGACAUAUGCACAAUGGGCAAAACAAUAUGGUGAUUUGAUGUCUAUCCAAGCCCUAGGACAAACCGCCGUCAUCGUGAACUCGGCUAAGAUCGCCCGCGACCUAUUGGAGAAACGUGGCUCGAUCUAUUCUGACCGCCCGGUUGUUCCUGCGCUCGAACUGAUGAAGUUUGACUUCAACGUGUUCAUGGCACGAUACCGAACGAGCAGAUGGAAGAUCGGGCGGAAGAUCGCGGAGCACAGUCUCCGUCAGAGCGCCGCUGUGGCUUAUAGACCAAUGCAACUGCGCAAGAUCCACGACUUCUUGAGGAAACUUGUUUGCUAUGCCCGACGGUUUAUUGAUCCGCUUGACAGUAUGACCGCAGCGAUCAUCAUGUCCCUUACAUAUGGAUACGAGAUCGCUGAGUCCCACGACAAGUUCGUGGGCCAGGUGGAAGGGAUUGUCCAGAGAGCGUCGGCUGCCAUCCUUCCUGGUGCAACUUUGAUCAAUUUUUUGCCGUUUUUGAAAUAUCUUCCCGCAUGGCUCCCAGGGAUGAGUUUCAAGCGAGAUGCGCUCGAUCACAUAGAAGAGACGAUAUUCACUGUCGACGCUCCAUACAGCUUCACUCAGGGAGAAAUUCGUCAGGGAACUGCGCGACCGUCUGUUAUAUUGGAAAGUAUGAAGACCUUUUCCGACAGGACCAUGACCAAUGACGAAGAGGACGCCCUGAAAGGGGUGGCAGCAACCAUGUACAUAGCCGGUUCGGACACGGUAGGUUGCACCUAUGAUGUCUUCCUUCUAGCCCUUGUCGAAUAUCCAGAUGUCCAGAAACGGGCGCAAGAAGAGAUCGACCUGGUUGUUGGGCGUGAUCGGCUUCCGGAUUAUGAUGAUAGGCCACGAUUGCCUUACAUCAAUGCGGUAUGCCAGGAGCUCAUGAGGUGGAGGAUGGUCACGCCGCUUGGUGUCGUCCAUACGACUACAGAAGACGAUGUAUACGAAGGAUACUUUAUUCCAAAAGGCUCGCAAAUCUGGGUCAACGCCUGGGCUAUGCUUCACGAUCCUAUUGCCUAUCCAGAUCCAGAGAGCUUCCGUCCCGAACGUUUUCUGACUUCCGAUGGAACGGUCAUCGAGGACCCUCUCCUCAACUCUGCUUUUGGAUGGGGUAGAAGAAUUUGUCCUGGUCGUUUCCUAGCAGACGCAAACAUCUGGGCCAUCGUUGCCUCCGUCUUGUCGACUUUUGUCGUGGGGAAGGCCAAAGAUGCGCAAGGGAAGGAAAUUCCUGUGAACGGGGAAUUCACCGACGAGGGCAUCGUAUGCCAACCCCUCCCGUUCCCAUGCUCGUUGGUGCUGAGAGACGCGCGGGCAGGCCAGUUAGUUGCAGACACGAAGCUCGAGACCGAAUGA